AUGUUACUUUCAACAUCAAAAAGUUUUGGCAUUUUAUACUAUAAUAAAUCAGAGCUCAGAGAAGAGGUAUACUUUAGGGUUUCCUUCCUAUAUUCGGGUCCAUCCUCCAGCAUUACUAGCCUCUCCAUGUUCCAGUUACUUAGGUUAUUCCCUAGACGGUUUGUUUCUACUUCUCCCGUAUUGGGACAAGCAGUGAAAUCAUCAUGUCCUGCCGGUACAAUAAUAAAUGUCAAUACCAAGAAAUCUGGUAAAGAUCCAGUGGCUCUUGAAGAUAAUGAGUACCCAGACUGGCUUUGGGAAGUGUUAGAUCCAGAGGCACAGAUGAAGAAACUACAGGCAGAUCCAAUGAAACUUAGGAAGAAGCAAUUGAGGAAAGACAACAGGGAAAAGAUUAAACAGAACAAUUUCUUGAAACAAAUCUGA